UCGAGCUUCCUCGUUUUCGCGAAUGAUCGUCGGCAGCGACGACGUUUCCGCUGAGCGAAGAGACCUGUCACACGGUGGACCGUGGCAUCCGCGCGCGUCGAUGCCCUUACCGGGUCGUUCCUGAGAGACCCACAGUGUUGCACACAUAUGAAAUGGGUAGUGCUUGGUGGCAGUGCGCAGCGUGUUUGAGAGCUCAGGAAGAAGAUAUCUGUGAGCUGCAACUGAAUCACUGUAAUCUCUAUGAUGUACCACCUGAUGUGUUCAUUUAUGAAAGAACAUUGGAAAAGUUAUAUCUCGAUGCCAAUAGAAUAAAGGAUCUUCCCAGGCCGCUAUUUCAGUGCCACGAGUUGAGAGUGCUUUCACUUAGCGAUAAUGAAAUUACUACAUUACCACCCGCCAUAGCAUCAUUAAUCAACUUGGAAUACUUAGAUCUCAGCAAAAAUAGUAUAAAAGAGUUGCCGGACAGUAUAAAAGAAUGCAAGAGUCUUCGGUCCAUAGACAUCAGCGUCAAUCCCUUCGAACGUUUUCCGGACGCUAUAACGCAUAUCGUCGGUUUGCGCGAGCUUUACAUAAACGACGCGUACAUCGAGUACCUGCCGGCGAAUUUCGGACGAUUGUCAGCCUUGAGAACGCUCGAGCUGCGAGAGAACAACAUGAUGACGUUGCCUAAAAGUAUGAGCCGUUUGGUAAACUUGCAGAGGCUCGAUAUCGGCAACAAUGACUUUACUGAAUUGCCCGAAGUCGUUGGGGAUCUCAUUAAUCUCACGGAGCUGUGGAUCGACGGCAACGAUAUCAGGCGUAUUCCGGCUAACGUCGAGCAGCUUUACCGUCUGAAUCACUUCGAUUGCACGAUGAACGCGAUACACGCGCUCCCGAUGGAGGUACGCGGUUGGCGCGACAUCGCGAUCAUGAAUCUGUCCUCGAACGAGAUGUAUGAGUUGCCCGACACAAUGUGUUACCUGCGCACGAUUGUCACCCUCAAGAUCGACGACAAUCAACUGAACGCACUGCCGAACGACAUCGGCCAGAUGUCAAGCUUAGAGGAGCUUAUAGUCACUAAGAACUUUCUCGAGUACUUGCCGUCUUCGAUAGGCUUGCUGCGCAAGCUUCAUUGUCUCAACGCGGACAAUAAUUAUUUGCGCGCGCUGCCGGCCGAGAUCGGUAGCUGCGCGUCGUUAUCCCUGCUCUCCUUGCGAUCGAACAAUUUGACGCGCGUGCCGCCGGAACUGGGCCACCUCUCCUCGCUUCGGGUGCUCAAUCUCGUUAACAAUUGCAUCAAGUUCCUGCCGGUUUCCAUGCUGAAUCUCAGCAAUCUGAAGGCGUUGUGGCUGAGCGACAAUCAAAGCCAACCGUUGGUGCCGCUGCAGCAAGAGUUUAAUUGCGAAGAGGACAUGAUGGUAUUAAGUUGCUUCAUGCUGCCACAGAAGCCGCGACAGGAUUUGGAGCAGAUAGCACAGACUGCAGGACGACCGAUUUCGAGUUCGAUCAUUGGAACCGGUAAGAGAAUAUGUUUCGCUGCUGAGGUAGAUUCCGAGAUCCCCAGGCAACUUCAUCGAGCACCGACCCCUUAUCCCAAGGAGCUGCGCAAUCUCGCCAAGCACGCUCGUAACUUGCAUCACCCAUCCAUCAUCGAUCAAAAAAAUAUGUCCUCGUCCGCACUUUCUGUUGACUAUCACACGGCGAAAAAUCACAAGAGCAACAAAUCAGCUGUCGAAUCCGGAGCGACGGAGUACCCGGUGUCGGAGGAGUCGUCCGACGAGGCGAACAAGAUCGUUCUGGCGAAAGAGAAGAGCCCGGACAUCCGAGAGGCCAAGUACAUCCGCAAUCCCACGUCCGAUUACGUUGUGCGCGCGUUGACGGUCGACGAUUACGUCAACUCCACGUGGAAGCCGGACGAGUACUCCAAGGCGAACACGGCGAAGAUAGUGGAGUCCGAGAAGUUCAUCGAGCCCUACAGAACCACGACGACGCCCGUCGACGUGACGGACGGCGGCAAGUACGAGGAGCAAACGCGGGUGAACGUUCCGCCCGUUCCGCCGCCGUACCACAUCGCGGCAGCGUUCUCGAAGAAGGCCGCGUUCUUCCAGCAGUUAAACAAACCGACCGAGGCCGAUCCGUACUUGUCUCCGUCUUCGUCACCUUACAAUUCUCCGUUGAAUUCGGCCGGUGCGUUUCCGGACGCGCCAAAACAAAACAACAACGCGGAGACAAACUCGAAGGUUGAGGACUACACGUCCGUGCCGGGCAAUCGGAACUCCGUCAACUCGAUGAACAACGGCCGGAUGGAUUCCCUCGAGCAACGAACGACAAUCGCGGAUCGAAAUUGCGCGUCAAAUCCCGAUUCCGGCUUGGCUGGUCCCGAGCAAAACGAUCGGGCGAACUUCAAACCGAGCAAAAUUCCCGUUCUUCGAACAAAGCACACGGACAAUCUGAACGAGACGAACGCGAUGAAAAGUUCCUCCUCGACGGACGACGUUGUUAGAGCGAACGCGUACUCCAGCAUACCCACGUCGCCGAUCACCGGGAAGAAGUAUCGGAGCCCGUUGUCGACAUCGGUGAAGCUCGAUCGCUCAAGAAAGUUAACGAACGGGAAUGUAUCGAACAACAACUCGUGCGAGAUCAACUCGACCAGUUUGCUCAACGCGAACGUCGAUCGAACGAACGUCGUUACGUCUGUCGAGAUGAGCGUCGCCGAGGAAUCGAGCGUCGCGCAUCCCGCUGUCGCCAAAAGCGAGACCAACUGCGGCGGCCGAGACACGCCGAAUCUCAACGCGAACAGUAACUCUCGGAGCGACAACGUUGACAACUGCAAGGAACACGCGAGUGUCAACGAGACGAGAAACGAGACGCCGGAGAAGAAGCCGAAGUUCAAGUGGAUGUUCGGACCGCACAAAAACGCUAAUGUGCUGCCUGUUCAAGUGAAGAAGAACCCAGGUCUCGGCUUCAGCAUAGCUGGCGGCGUAGCGGGCGCGGAAACCGGAAUAAUCGUGACGAAGGUGAAUCCCGACGGUCCGGCUCAGGGCACUCUUCGGCCGGGGGACAAGAUCCUGGAGGUGGACGGCAUCGACUUCACCAAAUCCGAUCACAACAACGCCGUGGCCGUUCUGCGCGCCACCGGUGCUGUCGUGUCCAUGAUGAUAAGUCGCCACCAAUGAUCAUUGUGAGUUAUUCGAGAAAGAAAAGAAAUCGA